AUGGGCGACCUCCAAUUCGCGAAGCAGUUUCUGACGUCGCUGGACAACAAGCCGAACAAGUACCAGCCUGACCAUGUCUUUGAUCCGACGACGUUUCAAAUGCGGUUGCCGUAUACCCUGCCCAAGCUCUCAACACCACCACACCCGCCGCCGCCUAGAUCAGUCGCUGUCCCCGAACCACCGCCUGGCUCCCAACCUCCGACACCCACCAUCACCCUGAUCCUCAAAUCUGCGCGCAAUCCCAACAUGACCCUGGUGAUUCCCUCGACGCCGCCCACGACGGCGGCAAUCCAAGUUCUCAAGGAACGUAUCCAAACGUACCUAGGAGGGCCUAGCGUGGUGAAUCUGGAUAAGAUCAAGUUACUCUUGAACAAGAAGCCCAUACCACCGAGUAAACGAACCGUUGCAGAGGCGCUGGAAGGGUCCGGGUUGACUGCAGGGUCCGAUGUGGAGUUUGGUGUCAUGAUCAUGGGCGGCGCUCCCGACCCGCCUCAGAGUCACAUCACAGCAUCGCUACACGAGACCAUAACAGAUGCAUUGGAGGCGGCGGCAGGGACAGGCGCUGCGCAGACGGGAAUCAAGAGAGAAGAUGCACAAGGCACGCCCAUGGAAGGUGUACUGACGUCGAGGACGAGUGUCCUCGAGUCAAAGGAGUUUUGGGAUGAUUUACAAAAGUUUUUGGAGCAGCGGAUAGGCAAGUCCGACGAGGCCGGGAGGAUAAAGGGGCUCUUUGAACGGGCGUGGAGGAGUUCAACGGCGAAGCCUUGA